AAAGAUGCGGAAGCAGUGGACAGUUUGUACGUUCGUGUGAGAACAUAUGGGCAGGAUCCAGUUUUUACCUCUAUGACUGCCCUCAGCUUGCAUUAUCCAUAAUGGUCCCUUCCUUUUGUCGUUGUUGCUGUCCCUUUUCCCGACUAUGCUCAAGAUCUUCAGCCUACACCUUGGCUCUGGGCCUGGGUUUUGUCACCUUGGGAACCAGUCGCAUCCUUUUACUAAAAUUCUCAUCAAAUGAAGAUAACAAAUAUGACUUUCUUCCUGCCUCUGUGAAUUUAAUGGCAGAGGCCAUCAAACUAGUAUUUUGUUUAGUGAUGUCAGUUCGGGUGGUCAUUCGAGAGGGUAGCUCUUAUAAAGAUUUGGGAUGUGCCUCAGGAGCCUCUUUUCUCAGUUACUUGAAAUGGUCUGUCCCUGCAUUCCUCUACUUCCUUGACAACCUUAUAAUCUUUUAUGUGAUGACCUAUCUGCAACCUGCCAUGGCUGUAUUGUUUUCCAAUAUUGUGAUUUUGACAACAGCCAUUCUUUUCCGAGUGGUUCUAAAGAGGCGCUUGUCGUGGGUACAGUGGACAUCUUUGAUAAUUCUUUUCCUGUCCAUCGUGUCGCUGACCACUGGCAAUGGUGACCAGCAUGCCAUUGCUGUACAUGGCCUCCACCCAGCCCAUAUUUCCACCCCCUCCAACAGCUGCCUGAAAUACGCCCAUCCCAGGUUAGAGCAACAGAACCAUACCGAAUCAGAGUGGAUGAAUGGUUUGUCACGUGAGCUGUGGGAAAGCCAGCUCAUCCACAAGCUGAACAGCUUUGGGUUGGGAUAUGUCCUAUUGCUGUUGCAGUGCUUCAUAUCUGCACUGGCCAACAUCUACAAUGAGAAGAUCCUCAAGGAGGGGGAGGAGCUGGUGGAGAGCAUCUUCAUCCAGAACAGCAAACUGUAUGUCUUCGGUCUGAUCUUCAACAGCCUCACGUUGCUCCUGCACUCUGAUUACCGUGAUUUAACACUGCAUUGUGGUCUUCUCUAUGGGCACAACGUCUUCUCUAUCGCUCUGGUCUUCGUCACCGCUGCUCUAGGUCUCUCUGUGGCUUUCAUCCUCAAGUUCCGUGAUAACAUGUUCCAUGUGCUGACGGGCCAAAUCACCACAGUGGUCAUCACGGCGCUUUCACUCUUCCUCUUUGACUUUAGGCCAUCAAAGGAUUUCUUCCUGCAGACGCCUGUAGUACUGCUAGCCAUCUUUAUCUACCACAGCAGUAGACUGAAGGAUCCAGAUUACACUCUGCAACAGGAGAGGCUCAGGGUCAUCAAUGGUGAAGUGUUUGAGAGGUCAAGAGGGGAUGGAGAAGAGUUGGAGAGACUAACCAAGGCCGACACAGACAGCGAUUCGCAAGAAGAGUCUUUUUAAGUCGGUUUUGAACCAUGUCUGUAAAUACUUUGUAAAUAUUCUUGAAUCAGUGUAUAUGCAUAAUGUGUAUUAUAAUUA